AUGUCAUCCCCAAGAUCGGCAUCCCCAGUCAACAGCCCGGUAGCAGUCGCUUCGGGCAGACCUUCCUCUCCAACACCACCUGGAGGCCCAAAGACGGCGAUUAGAAGACGUGCGGCGGCGGAUCAGAAGGAUAAGGUGGCGAAUGCGAGGCCGAGUAGUACGAGGGCGGCGGGUGCGGGUGGGAGUAGUAGUACCAUGUUGAGACUUUACACGGAUGAAUCUCCAGGAUUGAAGGUCGACCCAGUCGUUGUCUUGGUUCUCUCUCUCGUCUUCAUCCUCAGUGUUGUUGCACUUCACCUUAUCGCAAAAGUCACUCGCAAAUUCUCAUCUUAA